AUGGUUUUCCCGAGUAAACAUGGUGCCAGUUUUGCAGCAAUCACCUUGGACAGUAAAAUUGAAAUGUAUACUAUGACGUUGUGCAUGUGGCUUCAAACAAUUGAUCCGGGGCCUUUUCAUCUCUUUUCCUACAUGACGUUUGAUGGGACUAGAGAACUGUCUUUAGGAUGUGAAAGUAGUGAAGAUUGUGAACUGGUAUUGCUUCGUGAAUCCAGGUUAGUGUAGCACAUAUCAUCCCCCAGUACACCGGUCCACAUAGACAGCUCUGUGUCCCAAAUCAAGCACAGUAACAAAGCCCUGACUUCGAAUACAAAUACAGAACCAUAGCCCCGUUUUCCAACCAAUUAGCACCGAUGAACAGACCCGUUCUCUGUGUAUUAGCACAAAUUCAAAGCACUGUAUUUUGGCAUUAGCACAGUCUUCCAUAUUCAGGCACCUGACAUCGCCCCGUCUCGUAUGCUUUUGCAUAUGCAUAGGCACAGAUGUAUUGUCCAGUCAGUUCCCACUCAAAAGCACAGCUGUCCCUUGCAUUAGUACAGGUGCACAGCCCCGUCGUCCAUGCGAUGAUCAACCACGUCUAUCCAAGUCCGUGUUGCACAUGUACUGGCAAGAUUCACAGCCGCAUCUUUGACGCAUUUGCAGAGAUGUACAGCAUCUUUUUGUAGCAUACACAUGCCCUACAUUUAACCCAGUCAGUUUAAAAUCCAGAGUGUUAUGCAGUGGCUGUUUUGGAAAUAUGUGGACCUUUACACGAGAGAAAUUAUUCAUGACACCAAAGGAAAAAAAAAUUUGUUCUUUCUAAAACUGUGUUCACACUUUAUCAGAUAGCUUUUGCGCCGCCAGAUUGGGUUUCUGUUCACACACAAGACAGCUGUGGUGGCGUGAUUUCUGUGACUGGAGCGAAGGUGCACCUCGCUGAUCACAAAAGUGGAGCGUCACAUAUUGGAUAGGAGUUUUUGCCAUACUUUGGUGUUCUACAUGUGAACACUUAUUCCGCCUGUCACAGAAGUUAAUAAGCAGUAGCGAGGACUGGAAUCCACCUAGAAGGAAGUAAAUAUUCAAGAUUUAGUGUACCAAACCCUCUCAGCCAACCGCGCCAGCACGAUGUUUGAUGUGUGAACGACUUGUACAGCCCCAGGUUGUUGCUGUUUAUUCUGUACCGGACAGCUUUUUGUGGCGCCAUGGUGUAGUGUGAAUAUAGCCUAAACCACUCUAAAGUGCGUAAUUUUUUAAAACUGGUACGGAACUCUCUAGAGCCUUUUUGAAUGUUACCUUAUCUUUAUAGUUUUUUUAAAAAUAAUAUCCUCUUCUCAACAGAAAAGUUAGCCUGAUAUCUAUAAAUGAUGGGAAAUGGCGUUGUGUUUGCCUGACUUGGGGAAAUCGUACAGGGAACUGGACCUUAUACCUCGACGGUGCACGAAGAGCCUAUGGAAGCAAUGUAGGAACUGGACAGGCAAUAAGCGGAGGAGGAAGGCUGGUACUGGGUCAAGAACAGAAGAAUUCUAGUGCCCAGUUCUUCAACUCGACCAAGUCAUUCAUCGGCAACAUCUCUCAGUUUUUCAUACAGAAGAAAAUGUCAGCUAAGCGUCUAGUGAAGAAACUGUCAAGUGAUUGUCAUGGCAACAUUGAAUCGAAUAAAAGCGUUGUCUUUUGGAGUGAAUUCCAAAAUAAAAUUCGGGGUCAAAUACAGAUUCGACGGAAUUCGGCAUGCAAUGCUUCAGGUAUAGUAAAGGUAUUGUUAAGAUUCACGCACAGAAAUUCCAUACUGAUGACGUGUCACUACCCAGAUCUGGGUACUGUUCCUGAUUGGAUGAAACAAAUUUUCAACCAAUCAGAAGCACUACCCAGAUCUCAUUGGCAUUUAAAUUCUGGGCUUGUUUCUAAGAAAUCAUUUCGCAGGGAAAUCAGUGAUGAUGGUGUCUCAAAAUGUCAGCUGUUCUCUCAGGCUAAUAAAAAUAAUACAGUGAAAAAUAAUAUAAGCGGUCACAAGGGUUAGUAACUCUCUGACUUUUCCUCCACCAUUUUCUGUUAAAUGAACCCGCACGUAGCAGAAAUCUGAGAGUCUCAAUGGGGUAGUGACUUGGACGGUUGACAUUUACAUUUACCAUGUACAGCCUACCGCUCACAUUAUUUUGAGGAUUAUUUGCUGCGGCGGUUAGUUUUUUUUGACGGCUAAUUUUUUUCUAGUUUUGAUGGUUAACGGUUGAAUUUUAGAGCUUUUGACGGUUGACGGUUAUCAGGUGGAAAUUUAGUCCAAGAGCAUGGCUAGAAAUUUUGGACAAGCAUGCGCUCUCGAGACAGCAUUUUGGCGUUACGUUGUGUCACAAAACGCCUCAAUGUUUAUAGGCUUUAAUGGAAGAAUAGAUACAAAAUCAAUCCUACCUCAAUAACUGAAAGUAAAAUCCAUUUCGUUCACUUCAAUUCUGCAGAGCAAUCGAGGAAAGCUAAAACUAUUCCAGAGAAUUGCACUUCUCCUAGUCGUAAUCGCUGAGGUAUUCAACUUUGAAGAUGCGACGAAUUUUUGUAAGAGGCCCAUAUUAUGGCGGAAUGCUCAAAACGGUGAAUCCAGCUUGCGAUGAAGGCCUCCUCAGUUCACGGCGACUUUGAAAAGCCAAGCUCUGAAAAACGCUACAGGACAUCUCUCUGUAGUCUGUUUCUGUUGCGGUAUAUCUUGUGUCUCAAACAAGCCAAAAUAGAGGAAGCCAUUCUCGGCUAAACCUCAAGUUCUUUGCUGUGCCAUAUACAAUUCAUCCAAAUUUCCUCCAAAACCCACUCGUUGAAAAGGUUGUUUCACGGACAUUUUAUUGCCGACAUUUUUUGGGCAAUACUUUCAGUCAGCAGCUUCAGUUGGACCACAAACAACUCUGAAUUUCAUCACUCAAGGUGUCCCCUAAACCUAUGAGCCGGGAAACUCGCAAAAAUCCAGCGGAGUUAUCCAUUGCGUGACAGAUUGUAUGUGAAUGUCACGAAAUUCGAUGUCCGUGAUUUUCUAGCCAUGUUAGGUAAGAUUAAUAACUCGGUCAGUGUAAAACGCAGACUGCGGACUGCAGACUGCAGACUGCGGACCAGGGGUAAAAUGCAGACUGCAGACUGAGAGUAAAAUGCAGACUGGGGUAAAAUGCAGACCGAGCAUAAACUGUAGUUGUGGAAAGGUUUAAGGGUCAAAAAAUCCCGCAAAUACAUGUAAACGAACACUUACUUGAAUACAUCUGCUUUCACAAAUCCAUUCAGGACUUUCUUCUCUAGAACGUUGUCGACGACCAAAAAACAUAUAAUCGAAAUCUUGAACCUUUUUUGCGUCCGAGAGACCUCACGCUUCAAGUUUAGACGCGAAGUUUUCGAUAUACGUGACCAGGGACCGUGAAUUGUUACAACACCACGAUGUUUACGCCUAAAUGGAAGCUGCUGACCCAAAAUACUGUACAGGAAGAAUUAUGGCGAUAAAGAGGGAGUAAAUCAUUCCAACAACAAAGAAAGAUGUUCUGCAGGAAAUUUGGAUGACCUUCUAUGAAAGUAUUGCAAAUCAAGGUACACAGACUUAACCUGUUCGGAUGUUCAUUGAAACUUCUGGCGAAUGUGCAAUCCACUUCAACUAGGAAGGGAAGUGUGUAACUGAUACCGGCUAGCUAUUUCACUGAUUUGGAGAGGAAGGAGCACAAAUGUUUAAAAAAGUCUACAGUCUUUAUUCUGCAUUUUACCCCAGUCUGCGUUUUACUCUCAGUCUGCAGUCUGCAUUUUACACUCUGUCUGCAUUUUACCCCUGGUCCGCAGUCUGCAGUCUGCAGUCCGCAGUCUGCGUUUUACACUGACCGAUUAAUAACUUCUCUAUAAAUUAAUAUGAACUGUUGUGUUUUGGAGGCUGUCUUUGCUUUCCACUUAUAUAAAAUGUCCAAAUAUUUUCAGAAAUAAGCAAUAGUGAGAUUUGAAAUACCUUGAAACUUCUGACGGUUAACGGUGAAAAAAAUAACCUUUUUCGACGGCUGACGGUUAAAUUUUAGGCCAUUUGACGGCUGACGGUCAACCCCAUUGGCACCCUCAAAUCUGCGAUCCAGCAGCGGAGGGUGGAAUGAGUGGCGUGGGCGACUGGGCUCCGGCUGGGUUUAAAUUAAUCUUCCAUCAGGCCAUAGUUUUCAGUUUGCUUGUUUUGUUGUCGUUGUUGUUGUUUUUCUUUUGGAAGAAAGACACGAUAGGUUCCACCGUAAAACCUUCGCUGUAGUACACCUAUAGAUCUUAAUGCUUAAAUGCUGGACGGAAGAAGAUCGACGGAAGGAUUGAGCAGUGGGUGAAUGGUUUAGCGAGAUGUUAUUCCAACCAAGUCGCCCGGGGUUCAAAUACUCGCUCCGGUCAAAGUAGACUUUCCAAAAAGUCCUUCGUCCGAUUUAAACUCUUGAGGUCGACUCGUAGCAAGUCUAACGUCAAGGUAGCUCUCAGUUCAACUUCUCAGUCGAUCAUGAUUAUAACCGUAUUUCCAGUUAAGUUGGGGGUUCUCACUCAAUUGGCCGGGGGGGGGGGGUACUUCCUUAUAAGAGGUUAAUGAGGAUGUGCCGCUGGAUGGGGUCGCAUUUUCACGACUGGACUGACUAUAAUGAGGUCGCAUAUUCAAUAGAGUUACUAGAAUAGGGUCGCACAUUUUCGGAUUUUUGGGGAUAAGACAGUUCUUCAUAUUUACGGUUAGCAAACGUACCAGAAUGUUUGCACUGUAGACGAAAAGUAAACUGUUCUUCAUUCAAUCUAAAAAAUGGGUCAAUUUGUAAAAAUAGAAAGUAACUAAGUUGGGAUCGCGAAUAUUACAUAUUUGCCCAAAAGUGACUAAGAUAGGGCACGGUCUAUAAUUGGACACAGAAUAGACUAUAAUGGGGUAGGGGUUCUAAGAGGCCAGCCGCAUAUACCCAGCAAAAAUAAACCCAAGUACACCCCCGGGUCAAUUGGUAGGUUUUAUUUAAAGCAUCCCUUUUUAAAAAAAUGAAUAAAUGAAUGAAUUAUUGGAAUUAAAUGAAUGGCUGGCUGGAUGGAUGGAUGAAUGGUAAUGUAUCAAAAGAUCGAUCAAUCUAUGAAUAGAUGGAUAGAUAAAUGGAUCGAUCGAUUUAUGAAUGGAUGGACUUAUAUUAUUAUAACUAACGAUCAUACACACAUUCCCAUUUACAAUUCCAGGCGAAGAAUCGAGAUUUGUCCUGAAUUUCCCAGCUCGUUCAACCAGCAACACCGUUGUUCCACAAGCUUCAAUGCCAUCCAUGACCGCGGGAACAAUCUGCUGGUGGAUGAAGAACAACUUGAAUAAUUACAAUCUUUUUUCUUAUGUUGCCCCCACCGCUUCGAAUCCAGCACUGGAGAUUUACUUUGGCAUAUUUUGGAAAUUCCAGCUUGGUUUAAAAUCACCUAAGUACGUUAUAAUUACUAUCCAUAACUGUGGCAAAAUACAAUAAUUAUUGUUUGAGGUUAAAUAUGAAGCAGCAUAAAAACCAAACUUAAGUUACAAAUCGGGAUGGCCAGAGCUUCAAGUUGCAAUGGUAAAACGAAUUCGUAACGUGCACCAGGGGUGUCGCUGAUAGCUGCUGAUAGUUCAAAUUCACUUCAGUUUUAGCUAAUUUGGUGCCGUGCGCAAAAGUAGGUAUUGUAUGAAUUACGGUAUAUUUGGGAGUAAGAAAGCUCAGAAAAGGUGGGUUUUCAUUUUCGCGUAAUUUUUACGUGCGUGCGCACGUAUAGUAAAUAGAAUAGAGGCACUGUAUGAAGUUUCGCGCUAGUUCAAGAGGAAUGAGCAGUACUCGGGCCGAUACUCAGGGCUAUAAAAUAACUGAAAGUUGAAGGUACUGCCAUUGUCCUGCAAAAGGUUAGACCGUUGCGUUUCUCCGACAAACACUUAUAAAUGUUUAAAAAUAGCGGCCUGGCCAUCUCCAGUAGAUGCAAAAACAGUGCCCUCAAUUAUUACUUGCGUAUAAAAGUGGCUUUUACUUUUUUGGAUAGGAAUCCUGGUACAAACAAUUUGUGAAAGCUUAUUUACGGUUAUGAUACUAAAGUUCCAAGAUCGUGCAUCCUCAUUUAAAUCAGUCUCAAGUAUACUUGUACUUAAUUAUCCUGAAGCGAAGACCACAGCGGAAAUAUUCAUAGUCAUGCACAGUGAAAGUUUAAUUUCUAAACUACGUACAGUCAACCUCCGAUAACGGCCACCUCUCGAGCUCUACAACGGCCACUUUCUACUGUCCUCAAGGUGGCCGUUGUAGAGAUGUUCAACAGUAUCGCCAAUGUGGACUCAGUUUGUAUUUUGUUCCAGACUUUCGUAUGAAGCACCAUUCAUCGGCGAUGAUUACUGGCAUCACUUAUGUGCGAUGUGGGAUACAGAUACGACAGAGUGGAGCCUUUAUCUUGAUGGAGUGCACCAAAUUUCUCAAACGAAAGGACAUUUAAGUGGCUACAUAGUACAAGGGGGAGGGACGUUUCACCUUGGACAGUUUGUGCAAAACGGAGCAUACAAAGUAGCUAAAGCUUACCAAGGCUGGAUAACUGGACUCAAUAUCUGGACGACGAGGCUCUCCUCGAGGACAGUAGCAGCGUUAGCCGAAGAGCCUGGUACAGAGAAGGGAGAUGCGCUUUCAUGGAGCAUGUUUAGACAGGGUAUAACAGGAGAUGUGCAGAUAUACAACGACUAUACCUUUGAAAUGACAGGUAUAUGUGCUAGGUCUAGCCUUCCACGCAGGCGUUUUUUAGGGGAGCUCGAAAUACGAGCUCCACUAAAAACGUCUGCGUACGAGGCUAUGCUAGGUCUGGAAAUGGUGGUGUUCUUGUUAAGAGCAGAUCAACCAAUGGCACCUUUGACGUUGUGUAACAUUAUUCGUCAAUUAUAAUCAGUUUUCCCUGUUUGAAAGAUUGCAGACGUAAAUCUUCCAAAUUGAAGCCAAGAGAUUUAAGACAAUCUUUAAAAAUGGAGAAAAUUUUUCGAGUGAAUAUUAAACUAAAUCAGGUAGUAAUCAGUAAAGAAUGAUGUAAAUUUCUAAAUAAUAUGAAGAAUGAAAUCGUAAUAUAUUUGAAAUAGAAUGGUUACUUUGUGAAAUACGGUACUUCGCACCAUUAGAAGCACCGCGAAACAAUUAGCUUUUAAAAGCAACUGACAAAGAAAGUUUUAUCUACUGGUCUGUUCUUCGUUUUUGAUCUGGACCUACAAAUUUGUCUAAAAUUUGGUGUUAUUUACUGCAUGAUUGGAUAAAGUGGACCCUGGGAAAGUGGAUUAGCCACCGUGGGAGGAUUGAGAAACUGACCUUUCGAGCGCUAGCCAUUCGUCAAAUGUGUGCUUAGUACAAAAAUAUACCCUAGUCUUUGAUUGAAUGUGAGGCUGAGCCAGUUGACCAUCUCUUGAUACAAACCUCCUUGCUAUUUUUAUAGAAAUGAUAUUACGACAUGAUUUACGUAAUAAAGUAGGAAGGCUGUAUCAAAACAGUUCAACUCAAACUUUGCUUCAACCAGCCGCAGCAAAUGUUUUCGCUACUUUAGAACGAGAGGGAACCUGGGCCGAGUUAGAUUUUGCAAAGACGUCUGAGAACGAUCUGGGGACGCACUAUUCAGCUAUUGGCCAAUUUCUUUUCCCUGUCCCCAGUAAUAUUCCCAGAAUUCUUUGCGAAAGUUAUCUUUACCCAGUUUCUCCUCUUUUCUUAAUUGGCGAAAUAGCCGCUUGGGCUGGGCAAUAGAGAUUCUCUCGUGGACUGGGCUGGGUAGGUCUGCGGAUUUGUGUGGUAAGCUGACCUAGAGAUGACUGAAGCUUGUUUGGCUUUUCUCCUCUGGUCAAAUCGUUCAUAUUUUCAAGAGGUAUGAUUCAAAUAUGAAUUAAUUAAAUAACUCUCAGUUAUGAAAGGACUAUAAAAUUCCCAUCUACGCGUCCUGCCCCUAGCCCAAGGUUACCACCACUCAAACUCUUCCUUACUGAGCAAAACGUUGGAUGAGAGAGCGGUCAUGUAGCAGCUCUCCUACAUUACUGUGAGGUGGACAAUUUACCGAUCAAAUGGAUUGACUGUAUCCCUUUUUUGUUGCAGCCAGGGAAAGUGAUUACACUCUUCGCUUUCCCGGAUUCUCAAACAACCCAGCCUACGUUAAGUAUAAUUACGACUACGCGUAUGUAAUUACUUCCCUCAGCGCUUGUGCCUGGUUUAAGACAACAGCUGCUGCUAAUGAAAUGACUCUUUUGUCGUACGCAACUAGUCAGCAUUUGUCAGCUAUUCACUGGUCCAUUAUUAACGGGACAACCAUUCUGAUGAAUAUCAAUUCUUGGAAUCCCAGGUAAAAGACUUUUCAAAUCAUCCAAUACAACAUUACCUUCCUUAUAUUAGUUUGUAAAAUACAAGUAACUUGAUCUUCUCAUCGCAUAGAACAAUUCAUAAUUAAGCCCAACUGGAUCUUUAAAGAACCUUUUUGAACAACUCCACGUUCGUGUUCGAACACUUUUUCAGUCGUUUUUGGUUGAAAUUCAAUUGCUACUGGUUAGAGUCAUUUUCAGACGACUUUCUCUGGAUCUGCUACCAAGGUUGUGUACAUGGCAAAAGGAAGAAUGAUGGCUGCAGUUCCUCUUCAACAAAUGGUAUAAAAACGUUUCAGUCUUACGUACGACAAGGCAAUGACUAUAAGCGCCUGUUUACAUGGAGGUGGGGGACCCCAGGUAGGUGAGGUAACCCGCUUAAUUGGGGCAACCCGCCUGUCCAUACAAUCACUCAUUUGAAUUUGAUCACGUUUACAUGAUAGGUGGGUUGACUAUAUGAGAGAUUUGAUGGAAAGGCGAAUUAUCUCACCUACCUGGGAUCUCGCACCGCCAUGUAAACAGGCCCUAAGAAUAUGUACCGAAACUUUUGUCGCAAGCGGAGACUGGACUUGUCCAAUUUUUUGCAUUUACCCUGAAUAUGUCUAAUGUCCUCUUUUUUAAUAUCUUCCAUUUCCUAUUCCUCUUUUUGUUUUUUUAAUCAUGAGCGCUGAAAGGUUCGGAGCCCCAAAGCACAAUCCCCUGAAUAGACCGUUUGAAUGAGAUUACCAUGUGUAUUCGUUGACUUUGUAGUUUGAAAAAUUUUAAACUUUCUUAUUACAUGUAAAUACAUAUAAUAUUUUACGUGUGUUUGGUAGUUCUGUAGAGGUCAACAGCAUUCUGAAUGAUGGCAAAUGGCAUCACGUGUGUAUUAGUUGGAGGUCCGUGGGAGGUUCGGUGUGGGUGUAUGUCGAUCAACGCCUGGAUAGCACAGGUUCUGCGUACAAAACAGGAGAAUAUAUCGGGCGUAUAGGAACUUUUAUGAUUGGACAGGUUCAAACUUCAGUUGGUAGGUCUCGUAGGAAACGUCUAGAUUCCUUUGCCUACAAUGACGUUAACACUGCUUUAUUUAACUGCGAAUAAGGGAUGCGGUUUCACAGGACACUUUCCGUGGUAAAUGACCCUUUUACCGGGGGGAAUUGCUGAAGUGUUUGUGACCGGACUUUCCCGAGAUAAAUUUACCAUGGGAAACAUCCAUGGAUACCUCAAAAAGAAAAGAGAAACUGCCCAUGACAUUAAACGUGGUAUUAAGCUAGGAUGUUGCGAUACCCCAGGGCAAGAAAACCAAUCAGGAUCUUCAUUGGACAACAACAUGAGAAAGCAAAGAAAAUUAUUUAUUUUAAGAGGUUUCUUUCGCUAUGUUUCGGGAAAGAUCGAUGUUGACAUAACAGUUUUUACGUUAUCUAAAGGUAAAUUUUAAGACAAGAUUUCAGCUGAUUUGUUGGGCCAGAAGUAUACGUAGGAACGAUAUUUACCAAAAAUAUAUUAUAUUCCUGACAGAUAUUCAAAAUAGGCUGGAGAUGGAAUCUAAAGCCCAGAUUUAAAAACAAAAAAUGGUAUAUACCUUCGCAAAGUUAUCAGGACUAACGUGCGGGAUGAAAUUUUGCCUACACUAUUCAUAAAUUUUCUCAGAACAUGAAAUCCUGCCAUCCUUGGUGUUUAAUUCAGUCAUGUCAUUCAGUCACCGAUGGUUCACUACACUACUAGCAGUCUCUCUUUUUUCUUGGUCCAUCGAGCAAAACGAGCGAGACACGCAAACGACCACGCUCGUGAAUCAAGGUGCGAGACGUCCGCGCCCGCGUGCACUCCCCCUCGCCCCAACUAAAUCUGACGAAAAAGAGAAAAUUCUCGCAGUCUAAUUCUCUAUUUUCCAAUUCCCCAUAAUACACUCUGUUUGCCCCCCAAAUUUUGCAUAAACCAUUGUUUUUAAAUGCUCCUGGGAGUAUUACAUUUUCCCAAGAGCAUUUAAAAACAAUGGUUUAUGCAAAAUUUGGGGGGCAAACAGAGUGUAUUAUGGGGAAUUGGAAAAUAGUCAAUGGUUCACCGUUGUUAAUCGUCUGUGUAGACCACGUGAUUUUUUCCCGGAUUGUGCAAAAAAUGAUUCCGAGGGGAGGGGACACCUGUACACAGGCUAUCAAAAAAUGGCUUUGAAUCUAAAUAACCUUAAUCUUUUUCAAUCAUAGAGUAGGGAAUCUUUGAGUUACCAUCAUUUUACAAACGUUUUCUAACAUAUUUCAACGCAGGUGUCCCAAGUUCGGAUACCACUAAGGCUUUUGUCGGUGAGAUAACACGACUGAACGUUUGGAAAAACAGAAUGGAGGUAACUGAACGAGCAAGGAUCUUGGGCAGAGGGUGCGGCUUUUGGAAUGGGAACGUUCUACCCUGGUGUGAACUGAAAUCCAAUCUAUUUGGAAACGUAAACCUUAUCCCCAACUCCGAAUGUUUUGUUCCAGGUUAGUUUACAUUAGCACUUUUUCUGUUACAGUGCAUGUCUUUCCGAAAGGUGGUCGCAUACUUACUGGUACCAUUACUUGAAAUUGACUCAGUGAUUCUUUGUUACUACACGCGCGUAUUUAACCUAAACGGUACAGCGAGCAACCCCAUCGUUUUUAUGGAUGAAUUCCCCCGGAGAGGGAAAGAGACACAUGAUUCGUUCACAGUCGGCCAUUAUCAUUUGCACGCGCGGUAGCGGAUCGCAACCUCGUCCCGGGGCUUUUCCCUUAAAAAAAUGGAGGUGAAAAGCCUGGGGAGGGGGUUACGCGGAUCGGUCACGGAAGUCACCUUUCUCCCUUGUGCUUCCCUCGUAUGAGACACAAAAGAAGCCAACAUGAGAUGAUUCAGCGAUAAUGUAUAAUCAGUUUCCUUAGUGUGUAUUUUACAUUUUGGUCAAUUGGCUUGGUUAUUAUAGUGACAGGGAAAAGGUUAAUAAAUUACAGUCGAGGCAAGUCAAAAUUCCCCCAUGGCCCAUUACUGCACUAACUGUUUCAGUCGUUGUCGCUACUUAUAGUAUCGAAUUCAAAUUUGUAUUCCUGCACGCACAACAAGGAGGGAAUUUUAGGCCUUCUCUGUAUUCAGGCAGGUUGAAAAGUGUUUCAAACUUUGAAAUUCAUAUGAAGACACAACCUUGUUCCCGGGUCUUUCUGAGCAGGAGGGUACAAUAGACCCUGGGAACUAGCUGCGUUGAUGAUAACGGACACUAAAUCGAGUUCAGAAAAAAGCUGAGUCAAGAGCUUACAAAAAUUUUACCACCCCGCGUGUGAAUUCACUACUCUUGAUGUGUAUGCUGAGAAUUUAGGAUUCAAUUUUCGAGAGAUGAAUUCAAUGAUAAAAUAAAGGGAGAUAAUGACCCACUAUCCUUUCUUGUACGUUAAAAUCUACAGGGGUGGGUACGCUUGUAUGGCAAGGAAGAACAUAAUAGACAAGAUUCAUGUUCUCGUGAGCCUUAAUUCCCAAUCUCAUAUCCCCGACCCCCCCCCCCCCCCCCCCCCCCCCCCCCCCCCCCCCCCCCCCCCCCCCCCCCCCCCCCCCCCAAAAUAUAAAAAAAGGGAGAGAAAUGACCCCCUUCCCUUUCUUUAAAUUAAAAAUCACCAGGGGGGGGACGGUUUUAUGGGCAAGAAAAAAAAAAAAAACAAAAAUUCCUUUUUCCUGGGCCCUUAAUCCCCACCCCCAACCCCCCCCCCCCCCCCCCCCCCCCCCCCCCCAUCCCCGCACUCAAACACCAGCCGUGCGAGCUAUAGUUGUACUUUCACUAGGGACCCGAGCAACGACGACGACGACGGUAGUGAAAACAUUACUUAAAAAAUGAAUUUGCGUCCUUUUAAACUUUAUCGCGUCCAUUUAGGACCGCUGAAUUCGUCCAAUGUAGGAGAUUUUUCCUGGAGUUGACUGAUUCUUAAGGCUUUAUCCAUGUUCAAAUAGAGAAGGGAAAAUUUGUCAUAGUAUGUCCACGACCUCCAUAAAACAUCGCAUUGGGAGGUUUCACGUCGCAGUCGUGCAGUGGACGUCAAAGAAAUGUACUAAAGAUCUAGAGCGUGAUGUACGUGCAGAGCAGUUGUUUCGCUCAUAAAACCAAUUGUUUUUUGACUUUGUUGUUGUUGUUGUCGUCGUCUUUGCUUAAGGUCCCUAUUAUCAACUUUUUUCCUCUUCUUUUAGACGUUAUUGUACAAGAAAGACGCAACGAAAUGUGUCAAAACAGGAUCACACCCGGCCUUCACUGCCAUGGCCAAAAAAUCUACUCAAUGUUUGAUUUUGAUAAUCAGUUAAAUGGUGGAAAGCGUCUGCGUUGUUACGUGGAGGACGCCUUGACAAGCAGUGAAUUACAUUACCUUAAAAUAUACGACACAGCGCGAGACUCAACGUGCUUCCAGGACUUGGUACAAGAGCUUCUUAAUUUAAGACGAUGA